AUGUCGUCCACCAGCAACGCCUCCAUUGACAAGUUCAACGGAGACAAUUACGCAACGUGGAGCCGGUACAUGCGCGGUGUGUUUUUGACGAAGUCCGUCUGGCACGUUGUCAACCGUGAAGUGACUCCGACUUUCACCGACCCGCGAGCGUCCGAUGACUACGUCAAGGCAAGCAACGUCGCGUUUGGUAUGAUGCUGCUGCACAUGAACGCGGACUACCAUCAUGUGCUGGACAACUGCGAGGAAGCCUGGGUUGCGUGGACAAGUCUGAAGACGCUGUACGGUGGGUCGCAGAAGGCAGGACGCAUCUACCUCAAGCGACAACUUUUCAGUAUCAAGAUGGCUGAAGGCGCGAACGUCAUGCAUCACUGCAACGAGGUCCUCAACAUCUCCGCCAAGCUUAGCGGCAUCGGUGCGAAGAUGGAAGACGAAGACGUUGCAAUUUGUCUGCUACUCAGUCUUCCGAAGAGCUACGAAAAUGUGGUGCUCAACAUGGAAAUGAGCAGCACCGAGCUUCGCACUCAAGAUGUGGCGAGAGUCCUGACGAAUGAGCAUGCCAAGCGUCAAGGAGAAAAAGGGACAACGACAGCGACUACGGUGAAGGCUGAAGAUGCAAGCAAGGCAUUCAGCGCCGAGCGUGAGCCCUACCAAUGCACGUAUUGUGGCAAGGUGGGACACACGGUGGAUCGUUGCUGGACAAAGCAGAAGAACGAAGGUCGGGGAGCCCGACGCGGCGGCAAUGGUCGUGGACGCGGGGCUAACAAUGUCCAGUGGGGACAUCAUAAUGAAGGCAAUGGCUACGAUCGAGUGGCGUUUGCAGUCUCGUUCGAAUGUGGAGUUUCGACGAGCAAGGACGUGUCUGGAAUGUGGGCCGUCUGUUGCAUUGUAGAUCGGAGCGAGGAAAGCGGAGCAAACGGAGCGGAGAGACCGAAGAGAGUAGAGCAGAAAACACUUGCCCAAUAG